UUAUAUUUCUUAUACAAAAUAAAUCAAACCAAACAAAUAAUUCAUACUUAUAAAUCCAAACAAAAUGAUGAAGAAAAUCUCACUUACAACUCUUGUUCUAGUUUCUAUUGUUAUAACUUGUGCUUUCAUUCAGAUUGCUGAUGCUGUUUCAGCUCCUCCUACAGCUCCUCCUACUCAACCCCCUACCGGAGUGCCAAAAACUUGUGCGGAGAAAUGCGCAUAUAGAUGCUCAAGGAAUCCCAGGAACUUAUGUAAGACAUUGUGCAUAAGUUGCUGCGCAAAAUGCAAUCAGUGCGUUCCUUCAGGCCCUUUCGCCGACAAAAGCGAGUGCCCUUGCUACAGAGACAUCAAGACCAAGAAAGGCCUAUCUAAGUGCCCUUAAAUCUGAAGUAUUACUUAAGAGUUAAGACCCUACGACUUCUUUACAAGUCCUUAAUUUGUCUAUUAAUAAAUUAUAGAUAUAGGGCAGUAAGGGCACCAUAUAUACUUAUAUUGAUAUAUAUUAUAUGCCCAUAAAUUUUCAAGAUUUGGCCCAUUCGUGAACUAGGCUGUCUCUUUUUGUUUUUCUUAUGAGCUUGUAUGUAAUUUCUUACCAAGUACUCCGUAUAUCUUAAAUAAAUUUUGGUUUCGAGUUA